AUGAAAUUUAAGAGGUUAUUAAACAAGUGGCAACAUCGCAGACUCUUGUCAAAUUAUCAGAAAUUCACCGGUGUUGAUGUGUUAUUUACUUGCGGAAUUUUGUCUUCUGAAGUGCCACGACCGAGGGGCGUUUCACUAUCGAGAUCUUCGCUGUACAUUCCGAAUAAAGAGUUCGCUUGUUUCGAUGGUUCGAAAACGAUCCCUUUCUCGCACGUGAACGACGAUUAUUGCGACUGCCCGGACGGUAGCGACGAACCCGGCACUUCCGCCUGCCCGAACGGAAGUUUUUACUGCACGAAUGCUGGCCACAAAGCCGAAAACCUCCCCUCGAACAGGGUGAACGAUGGCAUCUGCGAUUGUUGCGACGGCACCGAUGAGUACGAGAGCGGGGUACGGUGCCCGAACAACUGCCUGGAGUUGGGGAAAUCCGCCAAAGAGGAGGCCCAAAGAAUGGCUGAAUUGAUUAAAGUGGGGAAAGAACUCAGGGCAACAUUAAGUCAAAAAGGUGUUAAGCUGAAAGAGGAGAAGACUAACAAACUCGUGGAACUGGAGCAGAACAGAGAUGAGGCUGAUAAAUUGAAGGCGGAAAAGGCCGAGAUCCUGAAGAGGGCCCAGGAUUUGGAACAAUCUGCUUUGGAAAAGUACAGAGUCAUAGAGGAGGAGGAGAAGCAAAGGAAAGCGGAAUUUGAGGCCGCCAAAAAUAGAGAAGAAGCUCUGGCGGAUUUUAAAAUCUACGACAAAAAUCAGGACUUGUUAGUUGAUGUGUCCGAACUUCAGCAAAUACCAGUUUUGGAUAAGGACAAGAAUGGUGAAGUUUCUGAAGAGGAAGCUAAAUACUUUUUGAGCAACGAGGAGUCCCUGGACGAAGUAGCUUUCAUCGAAAAAGCUUGGCCCUUGAUAAAGGGCCACAAACUCGCAGUGUCAGGUAGUUUGUACAAACCACCCAUGGUGGAAGCAAAAGAGGAUGCUGAAGGCGAUGAGGAACAUAUUGAAGGAGAUGAGGAAGAGGAUCAAGAACAGGAAGAAGACCACCACGAAGCGGAGGAAGAACGAGCGGAAGAACCUUCACCAACGAUAACUUACGACGAAGAAACUCAGAGGCUUAUCGCGGAAGCGGAUUCCGCCCGCAAGGAAUCCGCAGAUGCGGACAAGCAAGUGCGCGACAUCGAUGCGGAAAUAAAAGACAUUAAGGAGUACUUGGAGAAGGAUUUCGGGCCGGAGGAGGAGUUCGCGUCCCUGGACGGCGAGUGCUACGACUACCACGACCACGAGUACAUCUACAAGCUGUGCCCCUUCAGACACACGUUGCAGGUGCCCGUGUCCGGGGCGUCGGAGAUACGCCUCGGCGCCUGGGGCAGGUGGUCGGGCAACCAGGACAACAUCUACUCGAGCAUGUUAUUCGAGAAGGGGCAGAGUUGCUGGAACGGGCCUCAGAGGUUGACGCACGUGAAUGUUGCGUGUGGGGGCGAAAAUAAAGUAACCUCGGUCUCCGAACCGAAUCGGUGCGAAUAUUUGUUCGAGUUUUCCACUCCUGCGGCCUGCAGGGAACUCGCUAGUGAUAACAGAGAUGAGGAAGAAGGUCAAGAACAGGAAGAAGACCACCACGAAGCGGAGGAAGAACGAGCGGAAGAACCUUCACCAACGAUAACUUACGACGAAGAAACUCAAAGGCUUAUCGCGGAAGCGGAUUCCGCCCGCAAGGAAUCCGCAGAUGCGGACAAGCAAGUGCGCGACAUCGAUGCGGAAAUAAAAGACAUUAAGGAGUAUUUGGAGAAGGAUUUCGGGCCGGAAGAGGAGUUCGCGUCCCUGGACGGGGAGUGUUACGACUACCACGACCACGAGUACAUCUACAAGCUGUGCCCCUUCAGACACACGUUGCAGGUGCCCGUGUCUGGGGCGUCGGAGAUACGCCUCGGCGCCUGGGGCAGGUGGUCGGGCAACCAGGACAACAUCUACUCGAGCAUGCUCUUCGAGAAGGGGCAGAGUUGCUGGAACGGGCCUCAGAGGUUGACGCACGUGAAUGUUGCGUGUGGGGGCGAAAAUAAAGUAACCUCGGUCUCCGAACCGAAUCGGUGCGAGUAUUUGUUCGAGUUUUCCACUCCUGCUGCUUGCAGGGAACUCGCUAGUGAUAACAGUGAUUUGCACGAUGAACUGUAG